CUUGAAUAUUCGCUUCAAAUGAGACCGGCUUCUUUUACCUGCUUUACGCCUUAUGUUAGCCCAGCCCAAUGUUGAUGAAAUAACAUCUGUCCUAAGCCCAGUGCUCUGUGACCAUCCUCAACACUCACCAUCGUCACACCAUAGGAUGUCCCACAGCCCUGAAAUGAAGGACGACCCCAUGGAGUGCCCUUUGUGCAUGGAGCCGCUGGAGAUAGAUGAUGUCAACUUCUUCCCCUGCACCUGUGGCUACCAGAUCUGCCGCUUCUGUUGGCAUCGUAUCCGCACAGACGAGAACGGCCUGUGCCCCGCCUGCAGAAAGCCAUAUCCAGAGGACCCGGCUGUAUACAAGCCUUUGUCACAGGAGGAGAUCCAAAGGAUAAAAAAUGAAAAGAAACAGAAACAAAAUGAGAAGAAGCAGAAGGUGACAGAAAACCGCAAGCACCUGGCCAGUGUCCGAGUGGUCCAGAGAAAUCUGGUGUUUGUGGUUGGGCUCUCGCAACGACUCGCUGAUCCAGAGGUUCUAAAGCGACCAGAAUAUUUUGGGAGGUUUGGAAAAAUCCAUAAAGUGGUCAUUAACAAUAGCACAUCUUACGCCGGUUCGCAGGGGCCUAGUGCUAGUGCUUAUGUCACUUACAUCCGCUCUGAAGAUGCUCUAAGGGCAAUACAAUGUGUGAACAACGUGGUUGUGGAUGGCAGAACACUCAAGGCUUCUCUAGGCACAACAAAGUACUGCAGUUACUUUCUGAAAAGUAUGCAGUGUCCAAAGCCUGAUUGUAUGUAUUUACAUGAGCUGGGGGAUGAAGCGGCUAGCUUUACUAAAGAGGAGAUGCAGGCGGGAAAACACCAAGAGUACGAGCAAAAACUCCUCCAAGACCUAUAUAAAAUUAACCCUAGCUUUUUGCAACCUCCAGCAUGUGGUACAGAGAAGUCUAAAAGUAAAUCCAACUCGACACAGAGAUCCAAUAAUAGCAAUGGUAAAGAUGGGUGGCCUACGCUGUCAGGGCAUGGUAAACUGGCCAAUGGACUUUCAGAAGAGCGCAAGUCCCCUCCGUUACUAGACUAUCUAGACCAAGAAGUUAUCACUUCAGAUGGUCUAGAUACAGAGUUGGGUCAACAUACUGCCUUGUCCCCCUUCUCCUCAAACUGUGACAGUAACAGUCCCAGUGACAAACCUCCAGAGUCGACUGGUUUGGUGAAUGGAGAGACUUCACAACAGAUACCCACAAGUGACUCCCCUUCCCCUCCUCCUGGUUUAACUAAGCCUGGCCUGGUUGUGCCCAUCAGUCUUUUGGACCUCACAGCCCGUUCACCCUUCGAGGGUGCAGCAGCUGAGUCCCAGUCACUUUUUUCAGAUAACAGUAACUUCAGACAUCCUAAUCCCCUCCCUGCAGGUCUGCCCCCCUUCCCCAGCUCUCCACGGGGCAGCUCUGAUUGGCCUAUGACCCCUGAACCACAGAGCCUCUUCACAUCAGACACAAUACCAGUGUCUUCCUCCACAGACUGGCAGGCGGCCUUUGGCUUCGGCUCGUCAAGUAAACAGCAGGAUGACGACUUGGGUUUCGAUCCCUUCGAUGUCACCCGUAAGGCUUUGGCCGACCUCAUAGAGAAGGAGCUGUCUGUGCAGGAUCCCUGUACUACAUCACCGGGACAUCUCUCCCAGGCCAGCAACCACGGUCCCGGUCUGUCAAGCGCCACCUCUCACCACUUCCCCAGCGGCCUGCCCCGACUCCCCCAGAUCCACCACAGACCCAUCUACAGCUCCUUCAGUUUUCCCGGCAGUCAGAACAGCCAGGGCGGUCAGCAGCAGCAGCAGCCUCCAGCCAACAGACAUCCCUGGAUGGCCGUCCCAACACGAAAUCACCUCGCACACUUGAACCACUCAGCCAGCGCUGCCUCACACAGUAAUUUCCUUGACCUGAAUCUGCCACCUCAGCAUAACACAGGGCUGGGAGGGAUUCCCAUCUCAGAAAACAGUGGCUCUAUAGAAGGUUUAAAUGUGAAAGAGUGGCAGGACGGCCUGAGAGCUCUCCUGCCCAACAUUAAUAUCAACUUUGGGGGUCUCCCGAGCUCCUCCUCCUCGUCAUCAUCCUCAUCAUCCAACAGUGUUAAUCACAUUGGUGGGCCGGCAGGAAUUUCACACAGCCUGAGUUGGGAUGGCACAGCAAGCUGGAUGGAUCCAGCCAUCAUCACAGGCAUCCCAGCCUCAGCGGGCAGCAGUUUAGACUGUCUCCAAGACGACAACCCUCCACACUGGCUCAAGUCACUUCAGGCGCUCACAGAGAUGGACGGUCCAGGCAGUUCAGCAGUGCCCACGCCCCAGCCCCUCCACAGCGGCCUCCUGGACGCCCACAUCCCCCUCCACCACAGAGCUGCUGCCGGCUGGGCUCAGUACCUCCCCCCACCC